AUGGUCCUCAAGUUGUUUCCUCGCGGCUUUGCCACAGCUACCUCGGCCAUCUCAACCAUCCGUGCACAGACGCACACCCACAAACAAACUCUCAACUACGCUGCCCCAGUCCUCCUCGCUGGUGGCUGUCUUGCCUAUGCGUUCUCAGGUUCCAAUGACAAGGACAAGCCGGAGCGUGGCAUUCGAGCUGUCCCAACUCGUGACCUGAUUCGUGGUUACCUCGUCUACGCCGCGUGCUCAAUUCCCGCCCUCAUCGACGCCUCCCCCGCCAUCCUCCAUGCCUUCGGAUCAUCUCCCAUCCCGGGCCUUCCCGCCCUCGCAAACACGGUGGUGCGACACACCUUCUUUGCGCAGUUCGUGCCCGGAGAGACCGUUGAGGAGUGCAUGCCAAUUCUCGCUCAGAUGCACAACCAAAACGUGGGCGGUGCCCUCAACUACUGCGCGGAAGCAGAACAAGGCGAGCUAGACCACACGGCUGUGCGCGACGCAAAGGAACUCAACCGGUGCUUGGCAGAGUGUUAUAAAGGAAUUGAAGAGCUUGGUAAACUCGAAGAUCAGAUUGAGGCGGCAGGAGGAAGGCGUGGUGCCUCUGCGUUUGCGGUCAAGGUCACGGGCCUUCUGGACAAUGGCGUCUUGGUCCGCGCUUCAAACACUCUGAUGCGCUACCGUUCAGUUGUGCCGGUCGACGAUACUGUACCGUGCCCUGGGCUACCUACGUCAACAGACGACAUUGUCGUUGCUUGCGGGCCCGGAUCCACAGACCUGGUCCCCAUUUGCGACGACUCGCUCCAGCCACUCGGGCGCCUCCACUCUGACGAGUAUGCCACAGACGACGAUCGUGAGAUCCUAUACGACAUGUACCAAAAGCUCCGUCACAUGGCCGAGUUGGCCCGCGAUCGCGGCGUGAAGCUCGUGAUUGAUGCCGAACAUGUGGAGACCCAGCCCGUCCUCGACGCAUACACCCUCCUCCUCUGCCAAGAGUUCAACAAACCCAGGCCUGGACAAAAGUUCAGCGGUCCUUUGAUUUUUGGCACUUUCCAGUCAUAUCUUCGCCGCCAGCCCCAAUACAUUCGCUACAUGCUCAAUCAUGCCCAGGAGAACGGUUAUUCCUUGGGCAUGAAGAUUGUUCGCGGGGCAUACAUUGACCAGGACCGCGCCGCUUGGUAUCACGAAGGGCGCCCUGGUGAGGACCCCAUGUGGCCAGACAAACCCGCUACGGAUAAGAGUUACAACGAUGCCAUCGACCACAUCAUUUCCCAGCUCUCCUCACAGCUCGCCUUGUCCAAACCUGAACUCGCCCCGUCGGUCAUUUUCGCGACCCACAAUGCAGACUCCGUCGACACCAUUAUCGACAAGCUGCAAAAGUACGGGCUGGUCGAUCCCACCGAGGACGACAGACUGCGGCUGAAGGACAGUGUCGCAGGAAAGGUUUUCAUUGCUCAGCUGUACGGCAUGCGCGAUGACCUGUCCGACAAGGUUGUGGAGAAGUUUGACUCCCGGGGCAUCCCCAUGUCGCUCAAGUAUGUUGCUUACGGCACCCUUGCCGAGGUCGUCCCUUUCCUCGCCCGCCGUGCAUACGAGAACAAGAGUGUCAUGUCGGGCAGCGGUGGUGCCGUUGCUGAGCGGAAGCGCAUCCGGAGUGAACUGAUGCGUAGGGUCCUUGGUACUCAGUAG